AUGGUAAGUCAAAAGAGUCCUAGAAAAAAUGUGGUCUUAUCCACUUCUCCAACCAAGAAACAACCGUCAAUUCUAGCCACAUCAAAAACAACUAUCACCACUAAUACAACACAAUCAAAUACUAAAAUAUCAUCUAAUAAGUUACCGAUUAGUAGGCCAAGACGAUUUAGUCUUAUAUAUAGUUCAGAUGAAUCUCCUUUAAGUGAUGUAGAAAUGAAUGGUAGUUCUUCUAUUCCGACAAAUAAUAACAACUCUACUGAAGAUAAUCACAUUGGUGACGAUAAUAACAGAAAUGAUAAUAGUAAUAAAAAUAGUAAUAAAAAUACUAAUCACAGUAGUACAGCUAUGAAAGGUAAAAUGAUAUCUAAUAAUUCAACUGGUAAAAAAAGUAAACUUAUAGAAAACAGUUCAAAGAAAAUUUCACAAUUAACAUAUAAUAAUACCAAAAGCAACUCAACAGACACCGAAUAUUCUAAUUAUGCCACAGACGAUGACGAUGUAUCUAGUGAAGAAGAAGAAGAAGAUGAUGAUGAUGAAGACGAAGAUGAUGAUGAUAGUGAAACAAGCUCAGAUGACGAAACCAUUGAUUUUGUUAAAUUAACAGUUCAAAGAAAAAAGAGCCAUGCAAGCGUUAAAUGCAAUGAAAAGAGGUAA